GGGGAGGUCGGGAGCCCACCUGCCCGCCGCGCUAGAGCUCGCCUUGCGCCGCCCCUGACAUGCCCAUCCUGGCCCCAUCCCAAAGCCCGUUCUGAUUUCACCUCUGGAGCCCAUUCCCCGGUUGCAAAAGACGCACGAUUUGCUCAUCUGUACACCCACCUGCCACCACUCAGCUCCAUCACGCCGCCUGAUGUACCGUUUACCUGCGUCCGCGUCCGGGACUGCCUCCGGGACCUAGCACACCAUCCGAUCCUCUGACUUCACCUUAGAUCUGAGAAGCGACGCACUGCCGAGAAUCCAGAUCCUCCGGCACACGGCAUACGUGCCUCGUCCCUUGGUUCCACACAUCCGUAUCACUCUCUUGUCCCCCGCCCGCGCCUCACGGGUCCCCCUUCCCAGACCGCCUGCAAACAAGCAAGCCCGGGUCCUGCGAUAGGUAGGCGGAUGCCUGCUACUCAUGCAGCAAGGUAAGUCCAGUUACCGGGAUACGGCAGGAGCAGGCGAUAGACACCCUGGUAGCCUGCGUCCCGGAAAGGGAGGGGGGCGCGCCACUCAGUGCGCUGCCAGUUACCUACCCAGGUUGCGGGAACAGCCUAGUGAGUGAGAUCGUCGCAUCCGUUUCCUCGCACCGCGCCGUGGCAUUCCUUGACGCACGCGCCCGUAUUCCAUUGUCUUGUGCCUUCUUGCGUCUUUGAUUGUCGUCCGGAUGGAAGACGAAGUGCCGGGGGGAGGUGUGAGGGAAUAUAAACUCUCACACUUCCCCCGUCUCUCACUGCAUUUCUUCUGCAUCCUCUGACCAGUGUCAACCCCCUUUCUCAAGCCACUCUCACCUACCACCCUACCCUACCCAAACGAUACCACACCACCCCCCCUACCUUACUCAUACCUCUAAUAAACCGCCAACAUGGUCGUCAAAACAAUCACACCCCCCGCCGCUCCCCUCCGCAUUGUCCUCGGCGGCGACGAAGCAGGCUUCGCCUACAAAGCCGCCAUCUUCCAAGACCUCGAGGACGACCCGCGCGUCUCCAUCGUCACAGACGUCGGGCCCUACUCCGUCUCCGAUACCACCGCCUACCCGCACUACGCCGUAGCAGCCGCUAGAAAGAUCGCAGCAGGCGAUGCAGACCGCGCCAUCCUCAUCUGCGGCACCGGCCUCGGCGUCGCCAUCGCCGCCAACAAAGUCCCCGGCAUCCGCGCCGUCACCGCCCACGACAGCUUCAGCGUCGAGCGCGCCGUGCUCUCCAACAACGCGCAGGUCCUGUGUAUGGGGCAGCGCGUCAUCGGCGUCGAGCUCGCGAGACGACUGGUCAGGGAGUGGGUGGGAUAUCGCUUUGAUGGGAGGAGUAGGAGUGGCGAGAAGGUGGAGGUUAUUUGUAUGUAUGAGAGGGAGGGGGCUUGGGGGGUUAAGGCAUAG